AUAAACUACAAGGAAGUAGAGACCCACUUCUUUGACACCCAUUGUUAGUAGUUAUAACAUAAUAUUUCCUGUGGGAAAUUACGCAGAUUAGAAACAAAUUAUUUACAUUGCCAAAGAUUCAUAACUAAAUUGAAGCUAAAAUUCAUUUGAAAUAAUAUUAUGAAAACGUGAGGAGUAAUUAGACCUCUGUUCAGUAUAGCCACGCUCAACGGGUCAAUUAUAAGAUGAAAUAGAGAAAUGAAUUGUUAAUGUGUAUGACAAAUACAAUUCACUUGGGAAAAUGUAAUUCAGAGGAAUAUGAACUAUACAGCAACGUAAAUCGUCUACAUUCAGCCACAAAACAAAAAUGUCCAGACAGACAAUGAUACAAGCAGUACAUUAGAGCUGUACAAAUGUUUUUUUUAAAUUCCGCGAAACUUCAUGAAUGUUUUUGCGCAUAAACGUUAUGGCAAGACAAGACGUUAUACAAAUGAAAAUUUCAUUACUUCUACGAUUCAUGUUUCGAUAAUAUCUCAUUCAAACGACGUCUGUUGGUGAAGGUGUUGUUUUAUUUUCCAUUAUAUUGUAUUUAUCGAACAUUUAUGGAUUCCAACAGUUCAAUAUGAUAGGAUUCUCCAGACAUGCUAAUUGUGGAUUUGACGGUAUAUUUAGCCAAUGAACAAUUAAUUUCACAUACAGAUUGAAAUCGAAUGCAUAUGUAUUAUUAUCUUCAAGAUAUUUUUUGUUGCAGAUGUUGUAAGUAAGACAUUCGUAUGAACAAAGAUAGACAUAUGGAUGGGUACCAUAUGUAAAUGGGGUGCAAACUAUGUAUUAAACUACCAGUAUGUUAUAUGGGGGAAACAUAAUUCAUUGGAAAAUGAUUAAUUUUUGCGAGAAUUAUACAGCUACUGAAAUAAUAUAACGAUACCCCACACUUUGUAGAUUCUUACCCGAAGUGAGGAAACAAAUGUCUUCAAGUAGUAAAAGGCGUAAAUACAACGAAGUAAACACGAAAGACGAAACACCUCUACAUUUAGCAGCCAAAAAUAAAAACGUGGACGGACAAGAAUACAUUAAGAACUUAUUGUCAAAGGGCUUAGACCCGAACGCCCGUAAUAAGUGGGGUCAGACGCCACUUCACUAUGCUGCCAUUGCUGGUUGUUUACAAAAUAUUGAGACGUUGACUAAGACUUCUGGUAUUGAUGUCAAUAACAGAGAUAUAAAUGGAUACAAUGCUCUUCAGAGUAUGGUUGCUGCAAAUGGUGGUGAAAGUAACAAUUCAAUUAACUAUUUGCAUGCAAUGGAUAAUUAUGUUGAGAUGCUUUUGUCUUCCGAUAACCCAGACGAUAUUGAAAUGCCAGAAACAUUAAAUGCUGAUCUUAGAAAGUCUUUGCAAGCACUCGUCAACGCCGGAAGUGACGUGAACAAUCAAACUACAUUUGGACACGGUAUCCUACAUCUCAUUGCUACGAGGGAGGACAACACGCCAUUAUUGAAGUUUUUUAUUUCGAAUUUUCCAGACAUAAAUUUAAACUUACUUAACAAAAAGAAUGAAAACUUUUUGCAUGUGUAUGUUUCUAAUGCACUUUUAGAAGAGAUUAUCGAUUUGCUUGAAUGGAUUGAAAUGCAUGAUAAUUUAAACUCUUGUUUGAGGGCGUUGUUAUCCAGUACAGAUGUUAUGGGAAGAACGCCGUGGAAUUUAAUGAUUGUCGGUGAUGGUUUCUACUAUACAUCAGCUGCUGAUCUUCGCAAAAUCUUUAGCUUUGGUGUGUCUCCUGAAGGCAAUGAUAACUUGGGAAACACAAUUUUGCAUCGGAUUUGUGGUGUUUCACAUGGAGAUGCGUACGUAGAUGUACUAGAACAUCUGCUCAAAAUUGGUGCUAAUAUAAAUGCACAAAACAUAUAUGGAGAACCAGUUUUAUCGCUGACGUUAAGUGAACAAAUUUUAGAGACUUUCUUAAAGUUCAAUGCAGAUUGCAGCAUUACAGAUAAAUGGGGUCGAAGUUCGUUGGUUUCUAUAAUGAAAUAUCGACCACUUCCAGAUUUACUCAGAACAUUUAUUGUAAAAGGGACAAUAAAUGUAAACAAUAGAGACAUAUACGGAUCUACGGCUCUGCAUUUUGCAGCGUAUCAUAAUUAUGUAGAACAAAUAGAGAUAUUGUUAAAAUAUGGUGCAGAUAUAAAUGCUUGCGAUAACAUCCAGGAAAGACCUCUGGACACAGCGAAGAGACACAGAAGUUUUCGUUGCAUUGCUCUAUUGAAAAUGGCAGACAUAACAUUUAUAGGACACACCAUGUCAUUUACUCAACUAACAUUGGUAGGAAAUAAGACAUUCGAAGAGAUUCUUCAAGAACUACCGGAGACGAUAAUAUCGUCGUGUAUCCAAUCAUCACAAGAUAUUCAGAAAAUACUGCAUUUACCGUUGAAUUUAAAAGACUUUCUGAACUAUCUUCUUGAGUCGUAUUAUACAAGAAGUCCAAGCUGCUGCCCUGAAGUAGAAUCUGUUACAUGCGAUGUUAAUAAUCUUGUCACGUCGCUUUGCACGCAAAUUCGUAAAUACGAUUCUCGAUUUGAAAUGUCAGUUUUACUAUCUGGAAGUAUGGCUGAAGGAACAAAAAUUGGCCGUCCAGAUGAAUUUGAUUUUAUUUUAUGUCUUGAUAAGUUAAAUGAUAUCACUGACAUUGUGAUGACAGAAGACCUUAUAAAGACAGGUUUCGCUUCUCUAAAAUUUAAAAAUACUCAAGAUUUUGACGAAUACUUGCAGUUUACUGAUGCUGACGGUUUUUUCUUGCCAAAAUUGUAUUUGCAGUUAUUCUACCAUUAUUUGCAGAGAGCACUGAAUGAACCUCAUUUGUGGAAAGAAGGGAAUUUCUAUUUUAAUGUUGAAAAUAGAUUUGGGAAAGUUUUCGGCAAACCAGUGUUUACUUUUGAUGUAUAUUGGUUGGGUUCUAUUUACAAACAAUUAAGAAUCAGCAUAGACCUUGUUCCUGCAGUUUACAAAAGAGGAUGGUGGCCACCAAAUAUUGAUGUUGAUAACAUACCUCUCAUCAAUACUGACAUCAAAUCAGCUGGAUGUUUUCUAACUCUGCAAACCAAGACACAACAUUUCGCUCCGAACGACUGGGACUGUAUAAGCCGAACAUGUAACAACGAAGAUAACGCAGAACUAACUGAAAAAAAGAUGUUGCGGAUUUCCGCUGCUCCUGCAGAGAUAUGCCUCAUGAAGUCAUUGCCAAAUGAAUUUCGAAAAGCUUAUAUCCUUGCAAAAGUAUUAAAAACCAUAUGUCCUGAAAUUGAUAUUGAAACAAAACAAUACAAUUUGGAGGAAGAAGACAGCGAAUAUGCAGAACCGCGUAGGACAAACCCAUCUAAACUGAUUAAAAGCUACAUGUUAAAAAAUAGUGCAUUUUAUGUUCUAGAGGGACUUAAAAUAAAGCACCGUUCAGAAGAUGGAUUUGAUGUAUUUGAUAUUUCUGCGAAGAUGUACAGUUUUCUUCUUCAAUUUGUCGGUGGUCAGCAAAUGCGCAUGCGUCCAUAUUUUCUGUCACGUGACAUCAAUGUUUUCGAAAAUUCAAAGAAACUAUCCUUUAACAAAGCAUUCAUUCUUCAUUUGCAACGGGAAUUUAGCAUGAAGCUUGUACUGGGUAUAAUGAAUGAACAAUUUUCAAGGGAAUGUUUGACUGCAAAAAUGUAAAAUUUAAGCAAUUAAAAUCAUGCGUAUUGUU